CCACCCUCCAAUAAUUUCGAGCCAACCCAUCCCCCCUUCCCCCCUUUCUGUUCCUCUAAAAUAGUCAGGAGCUGCAGAGCUCCAUAAUAAACAGGGCAGAAAGUUACCUACCACCGUCCUGCUGUGGCGUCUUCCUGAGGCGAUGGCGACAGCCGGGGUGUCCGCCGCGAGGAACGCAGCCGGAAUUCUCCGAAGCAAGGAGGGAGGCCGUAGCCGCAGGGAAAGCAGCGGAUGGGUCAAAUGCAGCAGUACCAGCAGCAGCACGAUCAUGGGUGGCGUUACCAGACUCGUGUGGGGUGGUGGGCACCACCGGCAGCAGCUGCUGAGCAAGGCUGGACUGUUGCUUUCGAGGCGGAGCAUCGGGCAGCAGCAGCACCUUGUUCAGCCCGUCCGCGCUGCCGCCGCUGAAGGUGGAGAAUCCUCCGGGGAACGGUCCAUCAGCUUCGUGGAGAAAUACCCAGCUCUGGUCACUGGUUUCUUCUUCUUCAUGUGGUACUUUCUCAAUGUGAUAUUCAACAUUCUCAACAAGAAGAUCUACAAUUAUUUCCCAUAUCCCUACUUUGUCUCGGUGGUGCAUUUGCUGGUUGGUGUGGUCUACUGUCUUGUCAGCUGGACCGUUGGCCUCCCAAAACGUGCUCCUAUUGACAACAACCUCCUCAAAUUGCUGGUUCCUGUUGCUGUUUGCCAUGCCCUUGGCCACGUUACUAGCAACGUGUCCUUUGCAGCCGUAGCGGUUUCUUUCACUCAUACCAUCAAAGCUCUGGAGCCCUUCUUCAAUGCUGCUGCUUCUCAAUUCAUUCUUGGUCAACAGAUUCCAUUGACUUUGUGGCUGUCCCUGGCACCAGUUGUUAUUGGUGUGUCAAUGGCAUCACUGACCGAGCUGUCUUUCAAUUGGACUGGCUUUAUCAGUGCAAUGAUCUCAAACAUCUCAUUUACAUACAGAAGCAUCUACUCUAAGAAAGCCAUGACCGACAUGGACAGCACAAAUAUCUAUGCAUACAUUUCGAUCAUUGCUCUGUUGGUCUGCAUUCCUCCGGCUGUUAUUGUCGAGGGUCCACAACUGCUGCAACAUGGUUUCAAGGAUGCCAUUGCUAAAGUUGGUCUCACAAAGUUCUUGUCUGAUCUCUUUUGGGUUGGCAUGUUCUACCAUCUCUACAAUCAGCUUGCAACUAAUACACUAGAACGGGUAGCCCCCUUAACGCAUGCAGUUGGAAACGUAUUGAAGCGUGUAUUCGUCAUUGGAUUCUCGAUCAUAGUUUUUGGAAACAAGAUCUCUACCCAAACAGGUAUCGGAACAACCAUUGCUAUUGCUGGCGUUGCAAUGUACUCAUUCAUCAAAGCCAGGAUGGAAGAAGAGAAGAGGAAACAGAAACUUGCGUGAGAUGCUGCUUCUCCCAGCUAAUCAAGACUCUUGGAGAACGGAUUUAUGUUCGGUUUCUUCACUCUCAGUUCUGUGUAAUGGAGAACUUCCUUUUCUAGGGCUCAUGGUUUCCAUGAGACAUUGUUGUGGAAUUUUAACUUCCUGUUCCUUCUCCCGAGUGUGCACCAAAAAUAAAUCAGACCGAAUAGCAAUUCCAACCUUUUCGUCAGGAA